UAUGAGCAGAGAUCUGCGGAAGCCCGAAAGGACGAUCUGAAUGGCGGAAGUAGACACAGAGCGAAUGACAGAGAAGGUUUAUUAAACUAAAGGAGACGGACCGGGCUGUGAACUCUGAACUCUAUGUAAGCGCUCUCAUAUUAAAUGAUAGCUUCAUUACAUCCGGACACUUUAGUGUGUUGAUCAGUGGAAGAGGCGUCCACGUGCUUUAAUCCGUCAGUCACACUGGCUGGACUCCGCGCAUGCUCCUCUCCGUGAGUCUGAUAACAGGAUAAAUAACCGCGCAUGCUCCUCUCCGUGAGUCUGAUAACAGGAUAAAUAACCGCGCAUGCUCCUCUCCGUGAGUCUGAUAACAGGAUAAAUAACCGCGCAUGCUCCUCUCCGUGAUCUCAGAGGAUGGCGACAAGAGGCAGAUAUGUGCUUCAGAGACUGCUGGCUGGAUUCAGAGCCCACAACCUCGACCUGACCUCAGAACAAGGACGCCUGCUGAGGAAACCUCUACUGCGGCACGUGACCUGCUCACACACACUGAGCAGGUCUGGAUAUCCACACACAGGUCCCAGCAGCCUGUCCCUCAGGAGUCACACGUGUGGAGAGCUCCAGACAGAUCAUGUGGGGGAGGAGGUCACUCUGUGUGGAUGGGUCCAGUAUCUCAGGCACGAUAUGUUCAUCAUCCUGCGGGAUUUUAGCGGCUUCACACAAGUUCUAAUACCUCAAGAAGAGUCUGCUAGUCAUCUGAAAGCAGUGCUGAGUGAUCUCACAGUCGAGUCCGUCAUCAAGGUGACAGGAACAGUCCAGAGACGACCAGCUGGACAGGAGAACAAGGCCAUGCCAACAGGAGAAAUUGAAAUCCUUGCUGAGAAUGUGGAGGUUCUCAAUGUGUGCCAGAAGUUACCUUUUGAAAUUAAAGACUUUGUCAAAAAAUCGGAGUCUUUGCGGAUGCAGUAUCGUUACCUGGACCUGAGGUGCACUCAGAUGCAGCAGAACCUCAGGCUGCGAUCUGAGUUGGUGAUGAAGAUGAGAGAAUACCUCUGUAAAGUGCAUGGUUUUGUGGAUGUAGAAACUCCAACCCUGUUUAAAAGAACACCAGGGGGAGCUAAAGAGUUUGUUGUUCCAUCCAGAGAGCCAGGCAGGUUUUACUCUCUGCCUCAGAGUCCACAGCAGUUUAAACAGCUGUUGAUGGUGGCUGGGAUAGACAGGUACUUCCAGAUAGCCCGCUGCUAUCGAGACGAAGGCUCCAAACCUGACCGGCAGCCAGAGUUUACCCAGGUGGACAUUGAAAUGUCCUUUGUGGACCAGGCAGGCAUCAUGUCUCUGGUGGAGGGUUUGAUCCAGUUCUCCUGGCCGGAACAGAAAGGUCUCAUAAAGGUUCCUUUUCAGACCCUGACAUAUGAAGAGGCCAUGAGGGACUACGGUGUGGACAAACCUGACACCAGGUUUAGUAUGAAGCUCAUGGACCUCAGUGGGUUUUUCUCUUCUACGGAUAUUGAAUUCCUCAGAUCAGCUGUCAGCCAACCAAGCGGGUCUGUUCAGGCUCUCUGUGUUCCCAGUGGAGCGAAACUCUUCAGUGGGAAAGAUCUGGAGAACCUGAAACAAACAGCAACAACAGAUUUUGGUCAGGAGCUCAGUGUGGUGCUGAUAAAAGCAGAUGGGACACUGAAGUCUCCGCUGAAGAAGCUGCUGUCUCCCUCAGCCACAGAAGAGCUGCUGAAGAGGACUUCAGCCAAACCAGGAGACCUGCUGCUGAUAGCAGCUGGUUCUCUCCAGACUGUGAGACCACUGCUGGGGAGUCUUCGUCUGCAGUGUGCACAGCUCCUGGAGUCUCAUGGUGUUUCUGUGCGGGACCCCUCAGCUUUUCACUUCCUGUGGGUCGUGGACUUCCCUCUUUUCUUGCCCAAAGAAGAUGAGCCAGAGCAGCUGGAGUCAGCACAUCAUCCCUUCACUGCUCCUCUACCAGAGGACACACAUUUACUCUACAAAGAGCCACACAAGGUACGUGGUCAGCACUAUGACCUGGUGCUGAAUGGCUGUGAGAUAGGAGGAGGCUCCAUCCGCAUCCACAAGGCCUCAGAGCAGCACUAUGUCCUACAGGAUGUCCUCAAAGAGGAUCCCAGUCUCCUGUCUCACCUUCUCCAGGCUCUGGAUUCAGGAGCACCACCGCACGGAGGCAUCGCCCUGGGUUUGGAUCGGCUGGUCUCCAUCAUGGUCGGGGCUCCAACCAUCCGGGACGUCAUCGCCUUCCCCAAGUCACACCGGGGCCAUGACCUCAUGAGCUGUGCCCCUGAUUUUGUGCCAGAGGAGGAUCUAAAGAAUUACCACAUAUCUGUUAACUGGCCAAGAGGGCAAAAAGAGGGCAAAGAGGAAGUGAAGUGAGAAGUGAAAAGGCCAGAUUCAUCAGAUCUCCAUAACUGUGGAGAGGAGGGGGCAGAUAGCAGAAUACCAGCAGAGAAGUCUAUGAUGAUGUCUGCCAGCUGUUCAGCAGAUGUGAGGAGAAGAAGAGAAACCAUAGAGGAGGCCAUGUUUUUAUAACCCACUUCUAAAAAGAGAACUUUUACAAAAACGUUUCAGGAUUUUCUGGAUUUAUUCACAUUUCAGGGACUUCAGCAUUACUGACUGAUGACCAGAUUCUUUUGUAAAUAUUUGAGUGGCACACCGUCCCAACUUUAUUCUACAUUUUGUUAGGCCUUAAUUUGGAUCAAAGUCAGGAGGAACUCUUGAGAGCUUACCUAGAGUAAGUAUUGUGAAGGGCUCAUUCUGUGGUGCAGCUGCUGUCAGUAUGAUUCAGGACAUCAGCAUGAGCAUUAAAGGCACAGUGGGAAGAUGAAUGGUGAGGUUUCCUCCAUACCUUUUCACCCAUCCCCUACAUCUGCUGCAGCCUGCAGAGGAAUGAGACCGUUGUUUCUGAACUAUACUGAUGGGAACUUUAACUCUGUGUUGGACGUGUCGUUGUGGAAAUCAGAUUAGUUGGUUUUCCUCACCCUGUAAAGCAGGAGUGUCAAACUCAUAAUGAGUCCGGGGCCAGAUUUGCUCCAAUGGGACGUCCUGAGUCUAUCUAGGCCAGAAGUGUGAAAGUCAGUCGCAGAUUCUGAAUUUAGGCCUUACGGAAGAGCCUAACAAGGUCAACAUUUAAACAUAAACUGUCAACCUCACUUUCACCAUUAGUAAAAUAUGAAACAAUAUAAAAAAU